AUGGAGAAAGAGGAGCUUAGUCUUCACUACGACGCAGAAGGGGACAAGACGCUGCAACUCAUCAAUUCGAUAGAGGAACACUCUUCAGUUACUCUGUUGAUUUCUGGUUUAAAACAAGCGGUGCUACAUGUAACAGUCUAUAGACAAGCUAUCAGACAGACGCGGCGCAAACUUGGGUAA